AUGGAGGUUGGGAUAGGCAUGGCUCUGUGGGUGAAGGGGAUCAUACUUUUGACCUGCCUGGAAGGCUAUGUCUCUUCCAGUCCUAUCCACAAAAAUGAUACCAUGAAAGAAGUCAUCUUACAGCUUCAUUCUCUAAAUACAAACCCAAAACAGCUAUCCUGCAAUUCAAGUAUGGUAUGGCAAGUCAACUUUAGAAAGGAAAAGGGUCUGAAUUCCAGGUAUCAAAGAGCUUCAUAUCUCCUGGGCCUCUUUCCUCCACAGCCUUGUGCAGCAUUGGAAGUCCUAAAUAACAUUACCAACUGCCCGAAAAUUGAACCGCUUAAGAGAAACAUGCAGUUUCUUCUGGGCAACAGCAGUAGGAAUGAAACCUGCCUCGAGGUUCAAGACACCAAGAUCCAGCUGAGUAGGUUUCUGAAGGACCUACAUACUUUUUUGUUGAAGAAUAAUAGAGAUGGAAUAUUCAAACCAAGUCUGGGAAUCUUUACUAAAGAAUGAGAGCCCAAGCCCACAUCUCCAGAUAGAAGAUUCAUCCUACAGACUAACUUUCA